AUGACCAGCCGGAGCUUGCCGAGCUGGGCUUUGAUGCUACUUCUUUCCAGUACUGCCUGCUCUCUGGACUGUCACUUUCAACGGAGGGGCAUCUGGGAGAUUGUACAACAUUUAGAGAACCUUGGAGGAAAAUUUCCCCUGAGAUGUCUGAAGGACAGAAGCAACUUCAGAUUCCUCCAGGUUGCAAAAAUCGACCAGCUUCCGGAGGAAACUGCUUUCCCGGCCAUUGGAGAAAUGCUGCGACAGGUCUUCAACACUUUCAGCCUGAAUGUCUCCCAAUCGUUGUGGAAUGAAAGCCGUUUAGAGAGACUCCUAAGUGGACUGUAUCAGCAAACGGAGAAGACAGGGAUAUGCCUGGAGCAGGACUCUGGGCAGGAGGAUCAUUCAUCCUCGCAAAGGGAGGGUACCAGACUUGCAAUAAAGAAUUAUUUCCAAGGCAUCCGUGACUAUUUGCAAGGCCAAAAGUAUAGCCACUGUGCCUGGGAGGUCAUCCGUGUGGAAAUCCGAAGGUGUUUUCUCUUCAUUGAGCAGCUGACAAGAAGACAUCGGGACCAAGAAAUAGGUCAUUUACAUAACUAA